AUGGCGGGCACGGCUGCUUCGGGCCCCGAGGACAGCCUCAAGCACACCUACACGCUCAUUUACGCAUUCCUCAAAAAACAGUCCCAUACUAAGGCCGCUAGCGCCGUCGCAAAGGCUGCGAAAGACAUUGUAGACGUAGAAAGCGCGUCUGCUCCGGAUGGUGCGGAGUUGGAAGAUUUGGUCAAGGAUUGGCAGGCGUCAAGCUCUGCAUCAAAACCUGCCACAGCCCCUGCAACCUCAUCCUCCGACUCGAGUUCAGACUCGGACAGCGACUCCUCAGACUUAGAGAGCGAGAGCGAGAAGACAAAGACAGCAAAACAGGCGAAGAAGGUUGUCGCGGUCUCGAGCUCAUCCUCAUCCUCAGACUCGGACUCUGAUAAUGGCGAGGAUGUAGAGAUGGCCGAUGCGUCGGCUCACGAUAUCGUGAAAGCUGUAUCACCAGUCACGAGCCAUACUCUGACUACUGGUGAAGACUCUUCGGACGACUCGGACGACAGCGAAAGCGAUUCCGACUCGGAUGAAGAGCCCGCAACUACAAAACCUGCUGCUAAGAAGGUCGCAUCUACGUCUUCAGACUCGGCCUCCGGCUCUGACUCUGAUGACUCUGACGCUACCCCCGCCGCAAAGCCCGUCGAGAAGGCCAAGAAGGCUGCGGCGGUCUCGUCCGACUCAGACUCAUCCGAUUCAGAUGAGGAAACGCCCGCUCCAGCAAAGAAGGCUGUCGCUGACAAGGCCCCACCUUCAUCCUCGCCUUCAUCUUCUGAUGAUUCGGACGAUGAUUCGGACGACGAGCCUGCAAGUCCGAAGGCCCAGAAGUCAUCGACGCCCGCAAAAGCUCAGGCCACGAAGAGCUCUUCAUCUUCAUCUUCGGACUCUAGCGACUCCGAUUCAGACUCGUCUAGUGAAUCCGAAGCCGAAGCGCCUGUUACUACUCAACUGCCCCCCGCAAAGGCUGGCACAAAGCGGAAGGCGUCUUCGUCUUCCAGUUCAAGCUCUUCUUCAAGCGAUAGCGACGAAGAAGACGAGCUCGAUUCAUCUCCUUCCAAGCCAGCCGCUCAGAAACGCGCGGCGGCGUCUUCUUCAUCCGCAUCAUCGUCCUCAGCAUCCACACCUGCCCCGCCCGCAAAGAAGCAGCGCGUGGCAUCUCCUGUCGCUGCCGCCCCGACUCGCCCUCCUUUGGAAGCCACUACAUCGUCAGAAAGUGCAUCCGCUUCUCUACCCAUCCGCAAUGGCAAAGAGAAGAAGCCGCGCAAGACAAACGAGCGCUUCCGUCGCAUACGCGAGGAGGAGAUCACGUUCGACGAUCCUGUGCUCGCGGAUAACACGUUCGAAAGUCGUAGGGCGGCUGCGAACGAUUAUGGUGCAAAAGCGAGCGCGGACCUCAUCGUUACGCGCGGAGAUGGGUUCCGCAAGGAGAAGAACAAGAAGAAGAGGGGCAGCUAUCGGGGCGGAGACAUCACGUUGGAGACACUAAGCUUCAAGUUCACCGAUUAG